GUCUGCCGGAAUCCAACUGGCUCUGAAAUGGAGAGGAACUUUUGUUUCCAUUCAGCAGCUGAGUGUUUCUCUUGAUUGGAGCGCCUCUUGGAAUGACAUCUACGGCAAUGCCCAUAGCCACCAGAGUCAGGGGCCUGCAUCCCAGGCAUCAUCACUCCGGCUCCUGCAGCCCUUUGAGUCAGCUCUUGCCCGGCUCCGUGGAGCCGCCGCCCAUCAAGGGUCAUUACUACCGCCGGGCGCGGAAGGUGGGCGCGCUGGACGCCUCCCCGACGGCAGACCUGAAGAAGGAGAUCCUGGUGAACGUCGGGGGCAGGAGGUACGUUCUUCCCUGGAGCACGCUGGACGAGUUUCCCCUGAGCCGCCUGAGCAAGCUCAAGUUCUGCCGGAACCAGGAGGAGAUCGCGCAGCUCUGCGACGAUUACGAUGAGGAUAACCAGGAGUUCUUCUUCGACAGGAGCCCCAGCGCUUUCGGGAUGAUCGUGAGCUUCCUGGCAGCCGGCAAGCUGGCCCUCCUGCGGGAGAUGUGCGUGCUGUCCUUCCAGGAGGAGCUGGCCUACUGGGGGAUCGAGGAAGCCAACCUGGAGAAAUGCUGCCUGCGGAAACUGCUGAAGACGCUGGAGGAGCUGGCCGAGCUGCGCAGGGAGGAGGCCCUGCAGCGGCGGAGGGAGGCGUGCGGCCCUGCCACGGACACCUCGCGCUGGGGGCUCUUCAUGAACUGGCUGCGGGAGAUGGUGGAAAACCCGCAGUCGGGACUGCCCGGGAAGGUCUUUGCUUGUCUGUCCAUCCUCUUCGUGGCUACCACAGCGGUCAGCCUGUGUGUCAGCACCAUGCCCGACCUGAGGGCCGAGGAGGACAAGGGUGAGUGCUCUCAGAAGUGCUACUACAUUUUCAUUGUGGAGACCGUCUGCGUGGCAUGGUUUUCCCUGGAGUUCUGCCUGCGGUUUGUCCAGGCCCGGAACAAGUGCCAGUUCUUCCAAGGGCCUCUGAACAUCAUCGACAUCCUGGCCAUCUUCCCCUAUUAUGUGUCCCUGGCGGUGUCUGAGGAGCCCCAGGAGGAGAAUGACAGGCCGGGCGGGAGCUCCUACCUGGAGAAGGUGGGGUUGGUUCUGCGUGUGCUGCGGGCACUGCGCAUCCUUUAUGUGAUGCGCCUGGCCCGCCACUCGCUGGGGCUGCAGACGCUGGGCCUCACCGUGCGCCGCUGCACGCGUGAGUUCGGCCUGCUUCUCCUUUUCCUGGGUGUGGCCAUCACCCUCUUCUCCCCUCUGGUCUACGUGGCCGAGAAGGAGUCCGGGCGGGUCCUGGAGUUCACCAGCAUCCCGGCCUCCUACUGGUGGGCCAUCAUCUCCAUGACGACGGUGGGCUAUGGGGACAUGGUCCCGCGCAGCGUGCCAGGCCAGGUGGUGGCCCUCAGCAGCAUCCUGAGUGGGAUCCUCAUCAUGGCCUUCCCAGCCACGUCCAUCUUCCACACCUUCUCACACUCCUACCUGGAGCUCAAGAGGGAGCAAGAACAGCUCCAGGCCCGCCUCCACAGCCUGCAAAAAGCCAGCACAGCCAGUGAACACGAACUCCUGAGUGACGUGGAUGACCUGAUCCUGGAGGGACCCGACUCCCCUGUCAAAUACAUUUAAUUCAAAACCCCCCAUGAGCACUCCGGGACUCUCCAGUCCACCGCUCUCAGCUGACGUGAGCGCGAGAACGGCAGGCGUAGACCCUACGGUGGUGCAUUUCUAGAGCUCGGGGGCAGCUCCUGAAGCUAAGAGGGGCUCAAGGCCAAAAAUGGGGUGGUAGGGAUUCCUGACCCUCGCGGCCACCACAGUCCAGGCUGGCCUUAUCUAUGUCGCUUGUCUUGUCUUGUCUCCCUGCCCGUCCCUGAGCUUUUGCUGGAUUAGGUCAGUCUCCAUUCUCAUUUCCUUCCCAGAAGGGUUUUCAACAUCCCAAGCUGGAUUCUAUACUCCUGCGGAACUGAGCCUUCAGAAUUCCAUUCCUACCCAAAGACCCUCUUUCCUGGGCCGCCCCAGCACCAGGAGCUGGAUGGUCCAGUCACCGCAAACCUAUCUGCUCAGAUCUCCCCACCCAGCCCUAUCAUGGGUUCCGGCAGGAAUCAGUACCUCCUCCUCCUGCUCACCACCACCAGUGGUUUUCCUAACAUAGCCGCCCUCCGCCAGCUCUGGAAGGUCUUACUGAGAAGGCAUCAUUGGCCUCUUUGCAUCAAAUUGCGCAGUGGCUGCAAGUCUGCCAUCCUUCCUGAGUCGCCUGGGACCUGGGCAGGAGUGCCAUUUGCCAGCCACAGCGGGACCGCCUUGGCCAACUGGACUCCUGGUGGGACAUUUCCAAUUACCCAGUCCUUGGCCUUGACAGAGGCUAACUCUUGUGGG